CACCUUCUUUGUGUAUCAUUGCAGUCAGAAAAAUGAAUCCUAAAGCCAUAGCUUUCCCACUUUUCAUAGCAAUAACCGCUGUUUUUGUAUCAACAAAUUUCACGUACUUCAACUGCAUUCUUAAUGUUAAUCGACGCCAUCACGAUCAUCGCCAUCAUUCUGAUGAUGAUAAGGCAAAAAUAUCAAUAUGUGACAAAUUUUCACCCAAUUUUCCUACUAUAGACACUAAUACAACGUCCAUUCUAUGCGUUGAUCAUAAUGGCUGUUGUAAUUUCACUACAGUGCAAGCUGCAGUUGAUGCAGUUGGGAAUUUUAGCGUGAAAAGAAGCUUAAUAUGGAUAAGCAAUGGCAUUUAUUUUGAAAAAGUAAUUAUACCAAAAACAAAACCUAAUAUCACAUUUCAAGGGCAAGGGUAUACCACAACAGCUAUUGUAUGGAAUGACACUGCCAAUUCUGCAAAUGGCACAUUUUACAGUGGAUCUGUCCAAAUUUUCUCUACCAACUUCAUUGCCAAGAAUAUAAGUUUCAUGAAUGUAGCUCCAAUGCCGGGGCCAGGGGCGAUAGGAGCGCAAGCAGUGGCAAUAAGGAUAGCAGGAGAUGAAGCUGCCUUUUGGGGUUGUGGAUUUUUUGGAGCUCAGGAUACACUUCAUGACGAUAGGGGUCGCCAUUACUUCAAGGAUUGUUAUAUUCAGGGUUCCAUCGACUUUAUUUUUGGCAAUGGCAAAUCAUUGUACGAGAACUGCCAGUUGAUAUCAAUAGCAAGCCCAGUAGCAGCAGGAGUUAAGUCGAUAAAUGGCGCUGUGACAGCACAUGGCCGAGCUACCAAAGACGAAAACAGCGGCUUUGCAUUUGUGAACUGUACUUUGGGAGGGACUGGUAGGAUUUGGUUGGGGCGUGCAUGGAGGCCUUACUCCACUGUCGUCUUUGCUAACACUUACAUGACUGAUAUCAUCGCUCCUGAGGGCUGGAACGACUUUAACGACCCUUCAAGAGAUCAGACAAUAUUUUAUGGGGAGUAUAAUUGUUCAGGAGCAGGAUCCAGUAUGACAUUGAGGGCACCAUAUGUUCAAAGACUAAAUGAUACACAAGCUCUUCCCUUCCUCAACUCGUCUUUCGUUGAUGCUAAUCAGUGGCUCCAAUCUUUUACCUCUUAAUUAGCAUCUUCUCUCUUCUAGGCCUAGCUACCAGUUUACUACUGAUCAUCCUUCUCCAUAUAUUUUCUCUAUUACUUUAAUUUAAUUUGUGCAUAAAGAUGGAGCUAAAAUUUGAAAUUUAUGUACUAGAUUAAUAAUUUGUAUAUAUUCAAUGAAUUUCUUACGACGAAUAUAAGGUUUGAACCAAAGUUAUUGA